AAGUUUAUUGAAAUUGGUAAAAAUGGGACCGUGUAGUAAAUGGUGCAGCAUCCUAUGUCCUUGUAGAUCUAACCAGAGGAUUGGCUUUUAGAGGAAGCCAUGUUGCAUGAAAUGGUGGUUGAAAAAUUGAGUGUGUGAUUCAUUUGAUGAGACCAAGUUUAUUGAAAUUGGUAAAAUUGGGACCAUGUAGUAAAUGGUGCAGCAUCCUAUGUCCUUGUAGAUCUAACUAGAGGAUUGGCUUUUAGAGGAAGCCAUGUUGCAUGAAAUGGUGGUUGAAAAAUUGAAGAUAAUUGUAAAAGCUUUGUUUUUCACGUUGAACCAACUGCCUAUUAAUGGGUAGAAUGUGAUUCAUUUGGUGAGUGCAUGUAAUAGUUGAAACAUGGGUGUUUGAGAGAAAAGAACUCUUGGGAAAUACUGUGAGCCGCACAGGUUAUGGUUUGGGUUAUGUUGAUUUAACUCAAGUGUGUCUUGUACUGUUAUUGUUCUCAUGGUCAAAUAGGUUUUAGCAGAACUCGGCAGUUGUACAUGGUUCUAGGAUGGAGAAAAGCAAUGGCAAUAAAGCAACCCAGAUUUUUUGGAGCAUAGUUAGUUUCUUGAGGAGAUGUCUUUUUCUAGUAAUUUCUGUUCGUCCAAUACCUCAUCACAUUGCGUUCAUCAUGGAUGGAAAUCGAAGAUAUGCUAAAAAGCGGAAGUUGAAGGAAGGGGAUGGACAUAGGGUUGGGUUUUUGGCUCUGAUGUCCAUGCUCAAGUAUUGUUAUGAGUUGGGAGUUAGAUAUGUGACUAUAUAUGCCUUUAGUAUUGAUAAUUUCAAAAGGGACCCUGAAGAAGUUAAAUCCUUGAUGGACCUGAUGCGGGAGAAAAUUGAAGGGUUAAUCAAGGAAGAAAGCAUAGUGAACCAGUAUGGAAUUAAGGUACACUUUAUAGGGAACCUAAAACUCUUGAGUGAACCUGUUAGGUUGGCAGCUGAGAGGGCUAUGGAGGCCACUGCCAACAACUCCAGAGGAGUUCUGUCAAUAUGUAUUGCCUACACUUCCACUGAUGAGAUUGUGCAUGCUGUUCAAGAAUCGUGCGAAGAAAAAUCAGAUGAAAUUAGUGUAAUGAAUGCAAGUGGAGCUGGGUAUGGUCUACUUCAACUUGGAGGGAAUGAAAAGGAAGAAAGGGAGAACAUUGUAAAAUUGACAGAUAUUGAAAAGCAUAUGUACAUGACUGUUGCACCUGACCCUGAUAUUCUAAUCCGUACUUCUGGCGAGACCCGGUUGAGCAAUUUUCUUUUGUGGCAGAGUGCACACUGUUAUUUGUACUCUCCAUCUGUGCUCUGGCCAGAGAUUGGUUUCCGGCAUUUCACUUGGGCGAUCUUGAGCUUUCAGCGUAGCUACUUUUAUCUGGACAGAAAAAGGAAACAGUCAUAAUUUUGUUUAUUGAUGUAUUUUCACGUAUGGUCUACUUGUUUCUGAAUUUCUAUCCUCUGUAACAAAUGCAGAUUAGAUGCAGGCUUGAUGCGUUUUUCAGUGCCUCGGCCUGUAGUUCUUACAUUGUAAACAUUAGUCUGAUGUAUUGUAAGAAUAAUUUGCUUCCCUGUGUGGUUGCUUUGCUGAGUACUUGCAUUAUGAUCAUCUGGUCAUGGUUUAGUGAUGUUUUUCAUGUAUGCAAUGAUGUCAUAUGUACUGGAAUAUAUACAUAUGUAUUUAUAUA